AUGUGUAGGUGAUUGUGGCAAAGAAGGAAUUGAGUAAUUUUUUUCACUUCACACAGCAUAUUGAUUUAGUGGAAGAGGUGUGGGCUUUGGAAUUAGAUUGAUUUGGAGUCGUGCAUGGCGAUAAGUAAAUAGUUUAAUUUUUCUAGGCCUCAGUUUCCUCAUUCCUCAUCUGAAGAAUGGGAAUGUAAUUCCCGAUGGGUUGAUGUGAAAAUUAAAUGAGAAAGCAUUGUAAAAGCCCUUUGUACAAUGUCUGGCCUGCUAGUUGUGACUACAUUUAAUGGAGUUAAAAUCUCAAGAUCUCCAGGAGCAAGGAUCUUUGUCCCUCACUGAUCUUGAUUGUUACUCUUGUAUUCCUUUAGGGAGGUCAUGCUCACUUGUCUGUCAGAAUUUCACCUUGGUGAGUCUGAAAUUCCCAAGGCAGGAUUGUUUUCAUGGCUUAUUUCUCUUCCACAGAUAUGUCUUUUUAGGACUACUCUUUCUAGAGAACGGAAUACAGAGGCAGAGAUUAUGGCUGCUGUGGUUUUUUCAGUUGGACCUCUGAGUCCUGAAGUUACCCAGCCAGAUGAAGAUCUUCACCUUCAGGCAGAAGAAACCAAAUUGGUAAAGGAAUCAGUGACAUUUAAGGAUGUGGCUAUAGACUUCACAUUGGAGGAGUGGAGGUUGAUGGACCCUACACAGAGGAACCUGCACAAAGAUGUGAUGCUAGAGAAUUAUAGGAAUCUCGUCUCUCUGGGGCUUGCAGUUUCCAAACCAGACAUGAUAUCUCAUUUGGAGAAUGGGAAAGGACCAUGGGCGGUGGUAAGAGAAAUUUCAAGAAUCCCCUAUCCAGACUUGGAGACCAAAUGUGCAACAAAGAAUAUUAUACUAACAGAGGAUAUUUCUGAAGAUUUAUCACAGGAAGCCAUAGUGGAGAAAGUCACAAAGAAUGAUCUAUGGGAUUCCAGAAUGGGAGGAUUAUGGAAAUGGAAUGACAGGAUAUUGAGAAUGCAAAAUACUCAGCAGAGUUAUUUGAGUCAAAGAAUAGUUAUGUACAAGAAAAUUUCCACUGGUCAAAGAGGCUUUAGAUUUGGAUCUGUUCUUAUUCCGGAACCAGGAGUUAUCUCAGAAGAGCCCCACAGCAAAUGUCAAACACAUAAGGAAAAUUUCACAGAAAAUUUAGAUUUGAUUACAGAUACCCAUUUGGGGCAGAUAAUUAGCAAUGAUACAGAAGGCAGUAAAGCCAUAAGGCAGACUUCAGAACUUACCUUGGGGAAAAAAUCCAGUAAUAAAGAAAAACCCUAUAAAUGUAGUACAUGUGAAAAGGCCUUUCGUUAUAGGUCAUUACUCAUUCAACAUCAGAGAACUCACACUAAAGAAAAGCCUUAUGAAUGUAAUGUAUGUGGGAAAACAUUCAGCCAGCCUUCAUAUCUUAGUCAGCAUAAAAAAAUUCACACUGGAGAAAAGCCCUAUAAAUGUAAUGAAUGUGGAAAGGCCUUCAUUGCUUCUUCAUCACUUAUGGUACAUCAGAGAAUUCAUACUAAGGAGAAACCUUAUCAGUGCAAUGUCUGUGGAAAAUCCUUUAGCCAGUGUGCCCGUCUUAAUCAGCACCAAAGAAUUCAAACUGGAGAGAAACCCUAUAAAUGUAGUGAAUGUGGGAAAGCUUUUAGUGAUAAAUCAAAACUUGCAAGACAUCAGGAAACUCACAAUGGCGAGAAACCUUACAAAUGUAAUGAUUGUGGGAAAGCCUUUAGGAAUAAAUCAUAUCUUAGUGUACAUCAGAAGACCCAUACUGAAGAGAAACCAUAUAAAUGCAAUGAAUGUGGGAAAUCUUUCAAGAAUACCACAAUUUUUAAUGUUCAUCAGAGAAUUCAUACUGGAGAGAAACCCUUUAGAUGUAAUGAAUGUGGGAAAGCUUAUAGAAGUAAUUCAAGCCUUAUUGUACAUAUAAGAACUCAUACUGGGGAAAAACCCUAUGAAUGUAAUGCAUGUGGGAAAGCAUUUAAUCGCAUAGCAAAUUUCACAGAACAUCAGAGAAUUCAUACAGGAGAAAAACCCUAUAAAUGUAAUGAAUGUGGGAAAGCAUUUAUUAAUUAUUCAUGUCUUACUGUGCACCACAGAAUGCACACAGGAGAGAAACCUUAUAAAUGUAAUGAAUGUGGAAAGGCCUUCAUGCGUUCUUCAUCUCUAAUUAUACAUCAGCGUAUUCAUACUGAAGAGAAACCUUAUCUUUGUAAUGAAUGUGGGGAAUCUUUCAGAAUAAAGUCACACCUAACUGUACAUCAGAGGAUUCAUACUGGAGAAAAACCAUAUAAAUGCACCGACUGUGAGAGAGCAUUCACCAAAAUGGUAAAUCUCAAGGAGCAUCAGAAAAUUCAUACUGGAGUGAAACCCUAUAAAUGUUAUGUUUGUGGAAAAUCCUUCAGGACAAAAUCAUACCUUAUUGUGCAUCAGAGGACCCAUACUGGAGAAAAACCAUAUAAAUGUAAUGAAUGUGAGAAAGCCUUCACUAAUACAUCCCAGCUUACUGUGCAUCAACGAAGGCAUACUGGAGAGAAACCCUAUAAAUGUAAUGAAUGUGGGAAAGUUUUUACAAGUAACUCAGGCUUUAAUACCCAUCAGAGAACACAUACUGGAGAAAAACCGUUUAAAUGUAAUGACUGUGGGAAAGCAUUUAGCCAGAUGGUACAUGUCACAGAACAUCAGAAAAUCCAUAGUGGAGAGAAACCCUAUAAGUGUGAUGUCUGUGGAAAAGCCUUCAGGAGGGGUUCAUACCUUACUGUGCAUUGGAGAACACACACUGGAGAAAAACCCUAUACCUGUAAGGAAUGUGGAAAAGGUUGUAUUACUCUGUCACAGCUAACUCUACAUCAGAGAAUUCAUACUGGGGAGAGACCCUAUAAAUGUGAAGAAUGUGGAAAAGCCUUCAGAACUAACUCAGAUUUUACUGUACACCUGAGGAUGCAUACUGGAGAAAAACCCUAUAAAUGUAAUGAAUGUGGAAAAGCCUUUAGGAGUAGCUCAAGCCUUACUGUACAUCAAAGAAUACAUCAGAGAGAGACUCAGUUAAUAUAGAGAACAGUCAUUUAUCCAGCUAUCAACUCUGUAAGAAGUGUCUUAUAAGCUGUAUUUUAUAAAUGUGGGGAAAUUGUCAAGAGAAAUUCACCAGAAAAUAUGCUCUAAAGAGACACUCUGCAAGCAUAGUUAAUGUGGAAAAGCAUUUAAUCAUAUUAAAUCUUAGAAGUUGUAAGAACAUUCACACUACAGAAAAGUAAUUGACAAAUGAAAGCCUUCAUUUAGAUUUCAUAUUCAUUCAGCAAAUUAUCUGCAGUUAAUUGCCAAUACAUAUAUUUGCCUAUUUUUCUAUUGGUUUACCUGUCUUUUCUUAUAAAUGUUGAGGUGCUUUUAAAAUAUAUUUUAGCUAAUAAUACUUUGUUAUUUGUGCCGCAAAUGUUUUUCUUAAUUAGCAUUUGUCUUUAUAUUUUUUAUAUAGUAAAGUCACAUUUUUAUUUUUAUAGUAAAAUGUUUUUCCUUUUUAGAUUCUUGAUUUACUCUUUUUAAUUAAAAGGAGUCUUUUUAAUCCGUUGGUUAUACAGAGUAUCCUAAAUUUGUUUCUAAUGUUUUGGUAGUUUUAUAUUUUAUACUUAAGUCUCUAAUUCAUCUGGACUGACUGGAUGGCUCUUCAUAGAAGAGCAAUUCAAAUGGCCAUUAACCUAUGAAAAGAUUUGGAGCCUAAAUAGUACUCAGGGAAAUGCAAAUUAAAAUGACCAAUUAAAUGGAACUUCAACUUCAUGGAGUUGGCAAAAAUUAAGAGACCCUUUGCUAGUAGGGCUUGAAAAAAACCAUGUACUCUUCCUUAAAAGUUGUAUAACUUAUAUUUCCACCAGCAAUGUGGCAAUAUAUAUUUUAAAAUUUACGAUAUGUAUACCCAUUGAUCCAGGAAUCUUUUGGGAAUCUGUCCAUAGAAAUAAAAGCAGCAUCAAUGCAUAAGAAUACAAGUAAAGAUGUUUGUUGAAGUACUUUUUGUGGAGAGGGAAAAAAGGCCCCAACUGGAAACAAAAUGAAUGUCCAUUAAUAGGGGAAUGGUUGAAUAAAUUUUGAUAUAUCCAUAUUAUGCUUUAGCAUAAUUUAGCUAUCUAUACUAGCUGAUUUCAAUGGGUUUUCAUAAUGUUUAGGUAAAUAAUUGCUUUAUAACAGCUGUAUGUAUUCAAGAUUUCAUUUUUGUUAAAGUAAUGAUCACAACCAUGUAUUAUGUAUUUAUGUGUGUACAUGAUUAGAUGUGUGUGGAGACAGGUAUGGGAGAAUAUCCACCAGGCUGUUAAUAUUGGUUACUGCAGGGGAGGGAGAAAAGAAGUUGGGAUAAGGGGGAAGGGAGACAAAUAUAAAUAUGGAAAAUGUAAAUGUAGCAGCAUGUAUGGUGUAAAAAUGUAUAUGUAAUGUUAUGUAUUUAUGUGAACUUUUGAGAGAGAUGAAUGAACUGAUGGUCUCCAAAAAGCUAAUGAUGGUUGUUUCAGGGUUGGUGGAGCAUCAGGUGUUUUCUGUUUGUUUGACUGUAUUUUCUGUGCUUUUCUGUGUUUUAAAGUUUUUCUUUAAAAUGAGCAUGUAAUAUUUACAUAAAAGGGAGAAACCUUUUUUCUUGUGAAGCUAAUUUAUUGGACACCACUGUGUCCUUGGAACUACCCUAAAUGCUGGCUCUACAUUGCUGGGGGAGGAGCACUCAUGGAUCUGAGAGCAUAAGAAUUGGUUCUGAUGUUGCCUGGAUUCCAAAGAAGUUACCCAGCACCUCAUUCCUCCCACCCCAUGAAGUUUCAUUUGGAGGAGGUGAUGGAAAUUGCAGAUUAAUGAAAAAUGUAUCCAAGAAUAUCUGGAACUUGUGUCCAGUCUGUAGACCAGAAGAUCACAAGCCUCAGAAAGAAGUUUCACUUUUGACAUGACACAAAAAGAAAGGUCACAAUGGCAAAAGUAGGUGUCUUGGCAGAUAGGCCUGCAUACAGCCUCAGAACCUUGCGUGAUGAAGUGUACAGAGGGGAAACAGCCAAGAACUCCAAGGCUAUAAAUAAGGGCUUGGAAAUUCUGCGAAUACUAGGAGAGGUCUGGAGUUAAGAUGGGAACUCAGGGACUGUGGCCCUGAUACCAGAAUGCCCUACCAGACCAUGACCCUGAUAUUAAAAAGAACAAGGUGUGAUGAGCUGCACUUCAGAGGAGGCUAAGGAAAUAAGAUUAAAUACCCUUCCCACCAUGCCAGGAUAAGUAGUAUUUAAUACUGGGAAGGGAAUAUUGGAUGAAUAAUAUGAACUGUCUCACAUUAUAAGUGAAUAAUUUGACAUUGUGGUUAAAAUUACCAUUUCUGAUUAAAUAUUAAUAGUGAAAUUUAUUAACUAUUACUAAGAGACUUAUGAUCUUUGUAUGUAGUUAGUGUACCACUUUCUGACUGAAAAGUUUGGGGGUCAGACCCUGAAAUACUACUCUUAAGCCCUGCUGUCAAGCAGUUGACAUAUGUCAGCUCUGAUGGUUGCCCCUUUCUGCCUCCUAAUCUUAACCGCAUCUAAACCCUGCCUCCCCUUUCUGCCUUGGAGGCAAAUAUUUAAAGAAGAGAAGCAUGGUCAACAGGUUCAAAUAACAUAAGAACUGAAUAGUGUCCGUUGGGUUAGGAGAUGGGAAUGACACAGGCCAUCUUGAUUAGAGCAGUUUCAAUGGAGUGGUAAGGUGCCAAAGCCUGGUUCUAGUGUGUACUGGUAUCUCAUUAUAGGUUUAAUACGUAUUUCCUCAGUGGCUAAUAAUGUUGAGCCCCCUUUUAGGUACUUAUGGCUUUUUGAAUAUCUUGUUGCAAAUUGCCUAUUCAAGACCUUUGCCCAUUUUUUAAGCUGAGAAAUCUGACUUUUUGUUCAUUUGUAGGAUUCAUUAUAUACUCCAGAUACAAGCUAUAUUUUAGGGGUUUGUAUUACAGAUAUCAUCUCUCCAUGUGCAGCUUGCCUUUUUACUAUCUAAAUGAUGUCUUUUGAUGAAUAAUAAUUAAUUUUGAUAAUUACCUUCUAUGAUUAUUGCUUUUUUGCACAGUUUAAGGAAUCUUUUCCUAAUUAAAGGUUAUAAAGAUAAUUUCCUAAACUCUCUUUUGCAUAUCUACUGUUUUACUUUCCACUUUUAUGUCUAUGGUCCAUCUGAAAUUAAUUUUUAUGUAUGGCAUAGGGUGGAGGUCAAAAAUCAAUAUUUUCAUACAAAUAUACAAUUUAUUCAACAUCAUUUACUGAAAAGAUCAUCUUCCUCUCUUGGGUUGUAAUGGUACAUUUAUGAUAAAUCCGAUGAUCAUAUAUAUGAGGUUCUUCUAGACUAUUCUGUUCCAUUUUUCUGCUUGUUUACUAUUAAUACUAAGUGUUCUUAAUGAAAAAUGGUAGUAUGUGUUUUUUUAAUUUUGUUCUUAUUUGAAAUUGUCACUGCUAUUCUAGGUCCUUGGUAUUUUCCUAUACCAUUUUUAAUGGUUUUUGUUUGUUUGGCCUAUUACCCCACACCAAAAAGCUGGGAUUUUAAUUGGCAUUACAUCAGAUACAUAGAUUAAUUUUGGAAGAAUGGACACCUUAUCAAUAUUGUGACAUCCAGUCUAUGAGCACGAUACAUCUGCCUUUUCAUUUAUAGAGAUAUUUUAAUUCAUCAAUUUUUGUAUUUUUGCAUUGUAGAAAUUUUACAUUUUUUCAGUUGUAAAGGUUUUGUUGUAUUUUUCAAUUAUUGAAAUUUUGUUAGAUUAGUCAAAUAUAGUUGAUGUUAUUGAGGUUAUAAAUGCUGUUAUUUCAGUUUCAUUUUCUGAUUGUUGCUACAGUAUAACCUCUGUCAAAUUAAGGAAGUUCCUCUCAAAUCCUCUUUUUCUGGAGUUGAUUAUCAUAGAAAGUUGUUGAAUUUCAUCAAUACAUUUUUUGCAACUAUUCAGAUAAUUAUGGCUUUUGUCAUUCUUUUAAUAUGCUUGAAUUAUAUGUAUUGAUUUUUUCAAAUUUUCCAAGUUGUGAUAAAAAACACAUAAUAUAAAAUUUACCAUCUUAGCCAUUAUUAUGCAUGCAGUUCAGUUGUAUUAAGUCAUAUUGCACAACCACCACCACCAUCUGCCUCUAGAGCUCUUUAUCUUGCAAAGCAGAAACUCAACGCAUUAGACUUCCCAUUCCCCACCGCCCCCUCUACUCCAGCAAUCCACCAUUCUACUUUCUGUCUUUAUGAAUUUCACACUCUAGGUAUCAUAUAAGUAGAAUCAUGUAGUAUUUGUCCUUUUGUGACUGGCUUUUUUCAUUUAGCAUAAUGUCCUCAAAGUUCAUUUACAUGGAUUGGUUUUUGAACGUUAAAGCAUCUUUACAUUCCUGGAGUAGAUUCAAUUUGGUCAUUAUGUAUUUUUAAAAUAUAUAUUGUUGAAUUCAAUUUAUUGAUAUUUUAUAUAGGAUCUUAUGUCUAUGUUCAUAUUAUCUCAUAUUUUUUUUCUUGUAAUAGCCUUGUCAGGCUUCAUAUCAGGAUAUUUGUGGGCUCAUAAAAUGAAUUGAGAAUUCUUUUUUUUGUUUGUUUUGCUUUUUUUAUUUUUGUGUUUUUGUUUUUGGUCCUCUGGAAGUGUUUGUGUAAGAUAGGCAUUAUUGAUGUUGCUAUUAUUUUUGCCAUAAAUAUUUUCUGUAAAAAUCACCAGUGAAACCAUCUGGGACAGGAGUUUUCUUUGUAGGAAAGUUUUAAAGUAUGGGCUCAAUUACUUUGGUACUCAUAAGAUUAUUCAGAUUUUCUAUCUCAUGUAACUUUUGAAAAGUUUUUAAAAAUUUUUUUCAUAUCAUUUUAUCAGAAUAUUUAAUAACUGGCCUUAAGUACUUCAUAAUAUCUGCUUGUUAAAUUUUUAAUAUCUGUAGGAUCUAAAGUGAUGCUUCCUUUUUAAGUCCUGGUAUUGGUAAUUUGUGUACUCUCUUUUUGUUUUCUUGAUUAGGCUUUCUAGGGAUUUAACAUUAAUCUUUGUUUUAAAAAACCACCUCUGAGCUGUCAUACAACUAAUUUCCUUUUUAUUGAUUCAUGUUCUUUUAUUUCCUCCUAUGUGCUUUAUUUGGGUAUGAUUCACUAUUUUUCUAGUUUCUUGGGAAAAAAAUCUUAGAUAAUUGACAUUUAACGUUUCUGUUUUGCUAAUAUUUGUAUUUAACCCUAUACAUUUCUAGAUAAGUACCUAUUUAGCUUCAUCAAAUAGACUUUUAUCACGUUUAUUGAGACAUAAUUUAUAUUUAACAAAUUGCACCCAAUUUGACUUUACUUGUAAUGAGUUCUAGCAAAUUUAUACACCUGUAUAGCCACCAUCACAAUCAAAAUAAAGAACGUUUUCAUCACC